ACCUAGUGGCCAACAUCGUGCAACAAACCAAGUCUCUUUUCUGAUCUGCUGACUUCGCAUGUGUUUACGACGUAAACUUUGCCGCUAAAAUUCACUUUUGCGAUAUUUUGAGUCAAAUUUGCUGCCCAACUUGCAAUUUGCAUGUAUCAAGCGUUGUCCAUGUUGAUUCGGGAUACCAUGCCAACUUCCGGCUGACCUGCAAAAAUGACCCUGACUGAAAUCAAAUUUUUAUCGUCAAGCAUGGAACGCCGCUUUUCCGCUUGAUUAGGGGCUUGAGAUCUGAUAGGAGCGUUCUUGAGGCACAUUAUAGAGGAGCGAUGCAUCCAUUUUGCCGGUUUUGUUUGAGCCCUGCUGACAAGGUCAUCACCCUUGAGGACCUGGGGGUUGAGAGGAUGCAACACUGGGCAUCGCUAAACCUGGGAGUGGAGCUCAACUUCUGCCCUGGGUUUUCGACGAGCAUCUGCUGGGCAUGUGUGACUACUUUUCAAUUCUGGGCCAACAUGAUCAAAGAUCGAGCCGAAUGCCAAGGAGAUGAGCACUUGGGCUCACAGAAUGUUUGGUGGGACGACCUCUCCAGUAGUCAACAGAAUAACAACUCAAAACAGAUUGUGGAAUCAAUCACAGAGAUGGAACCAGAGGUUGAAAAUGUGAUUGAGCUGCAGGAGCAGAGUGUGUGUCCCAUAAUAGAAGCCAUUCAUCCAAGUGUGGACUUAAAAAAUUGCUCAGUCAAGAUAAGUGCUUUAAGUGAUGACUUUAUCCGUCGGUGCUGUGAAGGUUCCGUCAACCUUGCCGCUAUGACUGCUGGAUUCCCUGGAGUGAAGUCACACUUGAAGUGCAGGACAUGUAGCAUAGUGUUUGAUGACGUCACUGGAAAACGCCGCCAUAUUUACAAAGUGCACCCUGACUUGAAGUCAUGCCCUUAUUGCCUUAACUCUUUUGCGGCCAACUUCAACCUGGUCAAACAUGUGAUAGAGAAAAAAUGCUGCAUUAAGUCAUUGGGCAAAACACAACUGCAGUUUUUCUGUCCCAAAUGCAAUGUUUCAAGAGGAGACUUAAAAUCACUUCAAGAGCACUUUGUGAGCAAGCACUGUGGAGCCUACCAGAGCAAGUUGCCUGACUGGAUGGGUUCAUGCUGCAGGUGCAGCAACGUCUACUUUGUCAAGAAGCAGCUGGACGAUCACUUCAAAUACACACAUGAGAUCUACAGUUGCAAGAACUGUGUGGCAAAGUUCAAGAGCAAGGUUGUGCUCGUUGGCCACAUAGCAGAACAGCACACAGACAUAAAAUUUUCUAAAUUUUACAAGAGGACAGACAAUCGUUCAAUUUUGUUGUGCAUUGCCUGUGAUGCCAAGUUUGGAACUGAAAUGAGAAUGGCAAAGCACUUCCUCAACUUCCACCCUGAAUUGCUCAAGAUGCUUGAGCACCCUAAUGUUGUAUUUGAUCUGGCAGAGGAGGCAGCCAGCUGUGAGAAAAUCCCCUAUUUGGAUCCAGAAUCUGCUGAUGACUACACACAAGAAAAAAGCUGGAUUCGCAAUAUUGAGACUGUCGAUAGUGAAAAAUUGGCUGCUAAACCGCCAGGAUUCAAAGCCCUGCAAAGACUUUUCCCUCCUCUCAAAUGUCCGCAGUGUAGUAAAAGUUACUACAGAAACUCUACUCUAAAAAUCCACAUGAAAGUUCAUCAGACAAAAGACACCGAGAAGCAAGAAAUCAAGAAGGAACAACCUUCUGAGUAUUUAAUUAGCGGGACUGGCUCAGAUGAGCAGCAAUCAUUAGACAGCAUUGCCACAGAUCAAGUUGGCAUGCCGAACCAACAGGAGGUUGACGAGGAGGUCGACCAAGAGGGUCAGCCGAAGCCAAUAAUCGCGGAGAAGAUGCAAAGGAAGAAACAGUUUCCCUGCAAAUAUUGCAACACAGCAUCCUACUCCCAGUCUUCGUCACUGCUGAGACAUGUCAAACAACGUCACUCAUUGAUCUCGAAAUGUUCAGAGUGCUGUAUGGGAUAUGUAGAGGGCAAAGUCUGCUCCACCCACAGGUCUAUUUUAUCAGCUGCAAAGGUCAAGGCUGCAAAGGCUCAGACACCCACUCCUAGCAAAACUGCUUCAGUGGAGCCUUCAAAAGACAAAGAUGGCAAAGAAGGCAAAGAAGAGACUUCAAAGGAAAUAGAAGAGAAGGCCGCAGAGGAAACAAAAGUAGCUGAGCCCAAAGUGUUUACUAGAGUUACUAGACCAAAGAGAGCAAUUCCAUCUGUAGUCUUUGCAAAACCCAUUAAAUGUCCAGGCUGCAGUUUUACAGCCAAAGGUGGUUUUGAGCUGAAAAGUCACAUAAAUAUAUGUACAAAUCUCAGUCAGCAUUUGAAAAUGAGGAUCAAGAAAAUGUCGUAUUCUACUUUGCCAUCUAUUAAGUUGGUCAGCUGCAAAGUUUGCCAGAGAUUAUUUCUCAGUCCUGGUUCUCUUGUUGGUCAUAUGAAGACUGCUCACCCCGAUAGAAUUCAUUUUGUCUGCAGGAUUUGUGGCUCUACUUUCCUCAGCAAGUCUCAACUUGAAAACCACUUUAAAAUGCGACACAAAAACAAGUCCGCUGCUUAUUAUGGGCCAAGGCCUAAGAAGAAAGAAAAUUCAAAUACCUCAAAAUCAUCACAAGAAGGUGCAGCCAAAGUUGUUGUUGGAAGUCGAAACAUUGUCAACGACCCAUCAAAGUGCCUUAAAGAACUUCCACCAGGUGUAAACCGCAUUGGGAACAAAAUGACAUGCCCCUUUUGCCCCUCUGUUUUUGAAUCCCUGAUGAUAUUGGAGGAGCAUGCGAUGUUGGCGCAUGCAACAGAAUAUCGAUUUGCCUGCCGCCUCUGCAGCAACAAGAAGUUUAUUUACCAAUCAUCUCUGUACAAGCAUAUCAGAAUGGAACAUCCUGAAGAAUCUCCCAAACGCACGCCACAAACUCAAUCAAGCAAACGCAAGGCGUUGCCCUUGAUUCUGAAACCAGGGCAUCCUGAAGCUGCUGCUGGCAAAGAAAUUCAGGAUCCUAGGCUGUCCGGAACUCCAUCAAGGCCUAAUGCUGACCAAGAGGCUUCAAAUAUCAAGAAAAUGAAGUUUACUAUGGGCCAAGAAGCAGAUUCCUUCGUGUCUGAAGAAGAGAUGAAUUCUAGUGCAACUCAAAGAGCCCUCAUAAGCCCAAAAUAUGCAAGCCCAGCUGAAAACAUGGAACUGGAGAUGGAGAAAUGCAACUAUUGUGAUUACUUUUUCAUUGAUCAUAAGUCAAAAGUCAUGCACCUAAAUUCAUUUCACAAGAAGUCUGAGGAUUUGAGUUGCCAUCUGUGCUCCAGAUCAUUUUCAAGCAGGGUCGUGUUUUCCAUGCACAUAAACGAGUGUAGGGGCAUCAGGAUCACCAAGCCUAUUUUGAAGAAUUUAGUUGAGAUUAACUGCAGCCAUUGCAGUUUCAAAGGAUCUCUGGACAUUGUGAGAUCUCACGAGUCAAAGUAUCAUAUGACUCACACGAGCUUACAAGCUGCUGAUGAAGAAAGGACAAGAACAGUGGAAAGGGAUAAAAUAGAAACAAUUCAAGAAGCACCUGGGGGAAUUUCUUCAGCAAAAUUACCUGAAAUUCAAGAUCCUUUGGCCAAUCUGAGUGAAGAGAAGCUCAAGCAAGAAGAAAAAAAAUUGGACUACAAAGAAUCUAUCACUUUGAAAUAUCCUCCAGCUAAGAAUUACCUAGGUGGAAAGAAUCUGAAGCCCGGAGAGGUUUGUGUUUCACCACCAAAAGUUUUCGACAUACCGAAAACUCAUAAAACAUUGCUGCCGGCAUCUCCUGCUAAGAAGAUUUGCACUUCACCAUCCAUUGUUUUUCAUAAAACGAUUAAGCUAAAAUCACCUCAGGAAGUUGAUCCUACAACUGUGCCUCCAGUGCAAUCUGCUGAGGUCUGCAACUUGCCACCAAAUGAAGAAGUGCCGAAAAUUGUUGAAAAGACUUCUCCCAAAGCAGCAUCACCUGUGCCACCAUUGUUACCUUUAUCAGGUCACACCUCCAAGAUCUUGAUCACAUCAUCAGGGCAUAAGCCAGAUGACAAGGCUUUGAUGAAACAGAUCAGUCCGGUCUUGGUGCCUGGAAAACCUUAUAAGACCUGUGGACUUUGUAAAAAGAGUUUUGCAACUCCCGAGCUGGUGGCCAACCACAUUCUACUAACUCAUCGAGUUUCCAUGGCAGACUCAAAGGGCAACAUGGUCGAUGACUCGGCUGUUCUGGGAAGUCCAACAGUGAGUAAAAGCACUCUGGUUUUGAUGCCCCCUCCCGCAUCUGCACAGCCCCCUCAAUCCGUCAUUACUAAUAAAGGGGGCUUAAAGUUGGUUUUUCUGAAGUGUCAGAUCUGCUCCACUUUUGUGUCUCAAGACCAUUUUGAAGGCCACCUGAAGAGCCACUGAUAAUUUGCAUAGAGCAUUUCAAGUUAUGUGUUUAUAUAUAUAUUUUUUUUUUUAAAUUUAUAAAUUAUAAACAAUUUCAUUUUUUUUUUACCAAUUUAUUUAUGUUUAUGGCGAUAUAUUAAAAAUAAAACAACUCAUUG